AUGUGGAGGCGGUAUUUAUUGUGGUUCGCACACGAACAUGUCGACUUUCGAUACGCUGAAAUGCAAAGCAUCAUAUCUUUAUUAAAAAUACCUAUGAAAUUCAUUGAAACACCUUGUGUGAGCAGACCCUAUUGGAUCGUAGAACUACCAGAAGAAGAUUGUAUCAGAAAGAUCGCUUCUAGGUCUGUGUUACUCAAAAACUGUAUAGAAUUGUGGUCAAGAGCUAAGACGGAAGAUCGUUUACAUGAAAACCUUAAAAGUGCUAUAAAAAACGUCAGCUGUAAGUGGAUAAUACCUGAUGGAGGGAACAGUUAUAUUAGUGAUUCACAUAUUUGUCCAAGCGAACUUCUAGAGGCUUGUAGCGAUGCAAGUAAAUCUUUUAAAAUUGACGUAGAGACCUUCUGUAAGCAUUUUAGUAUUAAAGAGAAAGUUGAAAAGAUAGAGAAAUUUAGUUACUUACCAUUAGAAGGGCCGGUUAAAUUGAAGAAUCCCGAUGUAACACUAUCCUACAUUGAGUUCUAUGGUAUUGAUCCUAAUAAUGUUCCAAAUCAACCACAUGACCUAUUCUUUGGAAGAUGGGUAGUUGACGGCCAGCGAGAAUUGAUUCAGACCCAUUCUCUCAAGAAGCGACAUUUCAUUGGCAACACCAGUAUGGAUGCUCAACUAGCCCUGGUGAUGGCAAACCAGGCUCGCGUCAGUCACGCGGAUGUUAUAUACGAUCCGUUCGUUGGAUCCGGAUCCUUGUUUGUCGCUGCCGCGCAUUUUGGCGCUUACGUAUGGGGAAGCGACAUCGACUUCAUGAUGCUCCACGCUCGCACGAGACCGACACGAGUCGGGAAAAAGUCGCGUGAUAAAGAUGAGAGUAUAGCGGGCAACAUGCGUCAGUACGGCACGUCUAGUAGAUACUUGGACGUCAUAGUCAGUGACUUCUCAUUACCGAUGUGGAAAGACAAACUGACAUUCGACGCCAUUAUUACUGACCCGCCCUACGGUAUUAGAGAACCGACUGAAAAAAUAGGUAUAGAGCGAGAGAACUACACGCUGUCAGAAGAUCACCUCGUGAACCAUAUACCUGCUAAGGUUGACUAUGAACUACCCCAUAUGUACAACGACUUAUUGACAUUCGCUGUUAAACAUUUGGAAGUCGGAAAAAGACUUGUCUGCUGGUAUCCUGUUAUACGGGAAGAUUACAAAGAAGAAGACCUUCCUAGUCAUCCGUCUUUAAAACUGGUCGCGAAUUCAGAACAGUUAUUAUCAAAAUUGACCGCCCGCAGACUACUGACAUACGAGAAAAUAAACGACCAACUACCCUCAAAUGUUGGUGAUACGAUGUCUGGUACACAAAACUUUAGAGAAAAAUAUUUCGCAAGUGGAGACGCGACAAGAAAACAGAGACACGAGAAAAGAAUACAAGAGAUGGCUGCUAAUAUAUUCGGAAAACAACAAAGUAUAUUGAAUGAAAAUGAUUUAAAACAUAAUAAAUAG